AUGAGCCGCCUCUUCGGUCCCCGGCUGCCCGCUCUGGCCGCCUCGCCCAUGCUCUAUCUGUACGGCCCCGAGAGACCCGGGCUGCCUCUGGCCUUCGCCCCGGCCGCUCUGGCCGCCUCGGGCCGCGCGGAGCCCCCCAGAAGCCGCCCCUACAGCUACAUCGCGCUCAUCGCCAUGGCCAUCCAGGACGCGCCGGAGCAGAGGGUCACGCUGAACGGCAUCUACCGCUUCAUCAUGGACCGCUUCCCCUUCUACCGCGAGAACAAGCAGGGCUGGCAAAACAGCAUCCGCCACAACCUGUCGCUCAACGAGUGCUUCGUCAAGGUGCCCCGCGAGAAAGGGCGGCCGGGCAAGGGCAGCUACUGGACGCUGGACCCUCGCUGCCUCGACAUGUUCGAGAAUGGCAACUACCGGCGCCGGAAGAGGAAGCCCAAGCCAGGCCCAGGGCCCCCGAGGCCAAGCGGGCCCGCGCGGAGACCCAGAGCCGAGCGCGGCGCAGAGGCGCAGCCCGGGCGGGCAGCGGGGCAGGGCGCAGGGGGCCCCGCCACCCCCCGCCGCGAGGGCGGCCCCGCGCGCCCCUCGCCCCUCGGGGGCGGCUCCUCUCCGCCCGCGCCCCUCCGCUGGCCCGGGCCCGUGUCACCCGCGGAGGACGUGGGCGACGCUGAUCCAGGGGCGGCGGCGGCGGCGGCCUUGGCCACUGGCCAGCCGGCGCGCACGGGUGGAUGGUCUGGGGUCCCCUCCGCGCCCUGCCUCCCACAGCUCUCCAAGAGCUCCGACAAGUCCAAGAGCUUCAGCAUAGACAGCAUCCUGGCGGGACGGCAGGGCCAGGAGCCCACCGGAGGGGCCGAGCUCCCGGGGGGCGCCAAGCCUGCGCCCCGCAGCUGUCUGGGUGCCUCGCUUCUGGCCACCUCUGCGAGCCUCCCUCCGCCUUUCAACGCUUCCCUGAUGCUCGACCCGCACGUCCAGGGCGGCUUUUACCAGCUCGGGAUCCCUUUCCUCUCGUAUUUCCCUCUGCAGCUUCCAGACACGGUGCUUCGCUUCAGUAAAGCAAACGGUGGCGGUUCCUUCCCCUACCCUGUCUGAGCUUGUGAGCGGGCCGGGUCCCAUCACCGUCACCGGCGGGAAGGAGUCACGGUUUUUAAAAAACGAGCUUUCCUUCUGCAACGUGUGGAUCCCGGGAAGUGUUUACCAACUUUUGCGCGCAGGUGGGCAGGGUCUCCUGCCUCCUCCAAGGUGAGGUGGACUUUCCCAGAACCCGGAGCACCUUCGGAGAUUUAAAAGACCCCGUCCCACUAGGACUUGGGCAUCUCAGACCUCCUGCGGAGACAGCAGGAGACUUCCUUGACCUCAGGGCAGUCUAAGGGCAUGAUCUCCCACUCCCCACCUCGGGUCCUGCGUGUCCGGAGCAGCAAGGGCCCAGACUACCCGACAGCAGGACCCACAGAUGCGGUGAGGGUGGUUUCAAACAGAACCACCAUCGAUCUGACGGUGGCCAGCUCCCUUGUUGUCCCUGUGGCCAGGUCUUGCUUUGAAUCUGUGGGGUGAUGGGUGUCCACAGCUGGGUUUGUCCCUGAAGUCCCGUGUGGGGGCACCAGGAGUCACCUCUGUUUUUCAGGUCUUCACGAGAUCUAGGGCCUGGUGAGGAUUUAAGACCAAUGUCCAGGUGGACGGCUAAGAAAUCACAUUUCUAUUUUAAUAGAGAAUUUCUCUCUCUUUUUUUUCUUUCUAGACAUUUUUACUGGGGAUAUGCUAUAUUCUUUGGCUAGAUGCUUGACUUUUUCCUACAACGAUGGCCCUGUGAAAAUUCUAUGUUAACAACCCCUAUUAAGAAAGUGCACUCUAUACGAUAGUGUUUUGUUGUGUUACGAUAGCUUGCCAGUCAAUUCUCAUGAUCUCCAAGACAUGUUACCAACAUUCGCAGGCAUCCCGUCUUGUUGCUUCUGUUUUUAAGGGAUCAAAAGAUAGCAGGGGACACUGGAAGUGUGUGACGAGAAGGGAAGGUGUCGUAGACAACACAAGACUUUCCAUGUGCAUGUUUUUUUUCAAGCUCUGGGUUUGGGUUUUGCUGCGUUUUCCAGAAUUGCAUAGUAAAGGACCACUUUUCCUUAAGAAAGUUGGAUGGAAACAAACACACACAUACAAGCAGAUACUGGGAGAGAUGGUCAUGCUGGGCAGAGAAAAGGAAUCUUCUGAUGAUAUCUGCUGGAGGGUGCCUCUCUGGACCCCAAAGAACAGGAGGCUCAGGGGGAGGGUUCUAUCAGACAUCCUCUCUCUAAGCCUCUACCCUUGGGCCUAGAGCCUGCAGCUAAAUAAACACCUUA